AUGAAAAAAUAUGAGAAGACUCUUCGUUUGCUUCUUAUUACUAUUUUUUAUUUGUUAGUAUUAGUAGAAUGUUAUUGGACUCGAUGCUCGCGUGCAAUCAGCACCUCAGUAGUAGACUGUUCUGGACGAAAUUUUGAUAAAAUUGUUCAAAUUGCAAGACUAAAUGCGCCUGAAUCCGAAUUUUGUCCAAGCACUAUUGGUGGUCAUGUACGCCUCUUAAAUUUGAGUUGGAAUGGUUUCAAAUCAAUGAACUUCAGUUCAUUCUCGUCGUUAAGGCAUCCAGAAUUUCUUGAAAUACUAGAUAUUUCUCAUAAUAAACUACUGUUCAUAUCUCCAGGAGCUUUCAAAGCGUUAUCACGACUUAAAAUCCUCUUGUUAAAUGGUAAUGAGUUACACGCAUUGGAUCAUUUGUCAUUUGCUGACUUGACAUCCUUAGAGGAAUUAAACUUGGAUUCAAAUCCGCUCUCAUCGUUUCCAGAUCGAACCUUUACAUCACUUACCAAACUUCGUAGAUUGAGUAUUGCAUCAAAUCAAUUAUCAUGUGACUGCCAAAUAGCUGACUUGCUUCGUUUUAUUAAUAAGGAUGAGCACGUACAAGUGUCAAAUAGAACAGUAUGCAUAUUUCCAUAUUCACUGCGUGGAACGCAAAUUGUAUAUCUGAAUGUGAAGAUAUUAAAAAGAAGUUGUGGAAAAGGCGACUUCAAUCCAGCUGUCUUCAACUUGGAACCUCCUUCACGUUCGUUAAUCAUCUAUCCUGGCGGGGAAAAAAAUAUAACUUGUAAAAUAUCAAAAGCUGACAAAGUACACAUGGAAUGGUUGAAAAAUAAUGUUCCUGUGAUUGAUUCUCCACGAUUACUCAUAUCACGUCACAAUGAUAGUCACUUUUUAUAUCUGGAGCUUUAUAUAAAUCCUAUCGUUUGGAAAGAUGAAGGAGAUUGGACUUGUUACGUGGAGCACGGCAAAUCAGUGUUAAGAAAUACAGUGCGUAUAACACCUAUUUUGGUAAAUACACUACAAUGUGUUCAGGAAUGGCAAGCGGAUGAAAAAGGUGAAAUAAUUUGGCCAGUUUCCAAGCAAGGAUUAGUUGCUAUCAAAUGUCCUAACGGUCCAGUGAAUGCCAAAGCAUAUAGACAAUGCAAGCAUGGUAAAUGGGAUCCAGCAGAUACCAGCCAUUGCACCUAUGCCUCCCAGUUAAUUAAACACUUGUUAACUCUUUUGCAGCACGGAUACACUUCUUCGUAUAUUGAUGAAUUACUUCGAAUAAGAAAACAGCCUGCUGAAAUGUCUGCUUAUGAAACUCGCCUUGUUGGUUGGCUUAUCGGUAAUGCAACCGGUUUAUCCAACCAACAAACCGUAACAGCGCUAAAUUUUGCUUUACAGUCUGAAUUCGCUCGCACUGAACUCAAUGGGGAACAAAUGCGUCAGCAUCUGCAGAAUUUACUUCUUGGGGAUCAAAUUAUUCAAGAAAAUUACAUAGCUGUAUGUCAGCAUUUGUUGCUCACCAAAAAUUAUGAUAUUACUGGUAUACAAGCAGUAAAAAAUGGAUUUUUAGCUGUUCACAAUGGUUUCGAAUUUUUAUGUAACGAACAGCAGCAUGUUGAACUAUUACCAGCUACAGGUGGAGCAUCAGUUCGUAUUCCUCAUUUAAUGAUUAAUCGCUUUCCAACUCUCACUAUUCUUCGAAUAUUAUGGUUAUUGAACACAAAUAUUUUUAAAACCAAACAUACACUUGAUGGUAAAUGGGUGGUGAUAAGUGAAGUAUAUGGUGUAGCCAUCAAACAUGUUCCUCUAAAAUCUCGAAAAUCAAGCGAAGUUUUUGAAGAGGUAGGCAAAAUGCCUGUCUAUCAGUUACAAAAAUUUAUGACAGCUGUUGAAGAAAAUAGUAAAUUCUAUGGAUUUUUUCUCAGUUAUCGGAUUAAAGAAACAUUUGAUCAGGUAUAUUACUUAUAUGGUAGAAUACUGAAUAUGAAUUCAGUAUUAUUACAAAUUCAACUCGGUGUAUGGGAUGAUGGCGAAGGUUGGAAAUUGGCUAAUGAAACAGAUUGCUUGGUACAAAGAGUUGGUCCAAAUAACGUCCUUUUCACUUGCUCUCAAAUAUUUUUUACAAAAAACUUUAAUGAGAACAUCAAAUACUUUGCAGCUAUGCAAAACGUGUUUUAUCAAGAAUUGUUAGUUUCAUUAAUAUUACAAACCAAAGCCUUCUCAUCAGUAAAUUAAUU